UGAAGCGGCUGAAGUUUAUCGCAAUUUCAUCUCCAGUGUGUCGCUGAUGAGGGUGGAGCAGCGAUCGGAGUGACAAAGGAACUAGGCAGGUUUAGUUGGUCGAGGUCGGUCAGUUGCUGAUCGGCAACUCACGCGCAACGUCGCCUUCAGGCGUGCGGGGCUGCAGCUAACUGGCGAUCGUUGAAGUUUCUAAGCCUCCGGGGUAAGAUGAAGGACGAACGGAUGUUCCACGAGCGGAGUCUGCUGGUGCAGUCGCUGAAGAUCGCGAACAACCUGGACCGCAAGAAGUCACUGUCGACGUCGUUCAUACCGACGCAGAACACCAACUACCUGUGCGUACCGCUUAAACAUGGCGUGGGAGGAGGAUCGUUGAAGGCUGCGGAGGUUGAGAGUAUCACGAUCCACGCGCCGGUGGCGCAGUCGUACCAGUCGAUCACGCGAAGUAUCUCUCAGUCUACGCUGACGAUACCGGAGAACUAUAGCUUUACGUCGGUGCAGAUUCAGGUGUACAAGCGACGGUGGGUCAUGCUAGUGUUAGGGAUGCUGAGUAUCGCGAUAUCGUACGUACAGUGGAUCCAGUACAGUAUUAUCUCCAACAUUAUUAGCAAGUACUAUGACGUGUCGUCGGUGUGGGUUGACUGGACCUCGAUGAUCUUCAUGGUGGUGUACGUGGUGUGUGUGUUUCCGGUGUCGUACAUCAUGGAUGUGCGGAAUAUGCGACAGACGGCGGUGAUCGGCGCCGUUGGGACUGCGAUCGGAGCCUGGAUCAAGGUAUUCUCUGCAGAUCCUGGCCAGUUUCAGUUGGUGCUGCUGGGUCAGGUUGUAUCAGCGUUCUCGCAAGUCUUCCUGCUCAGCAUACCUUCAAGGUUGGCCGCUACGUGGUUCUCUCCAGAGGAAGCUUCGUCAGUAUGUGCAUUUGGAGUGUUUGCUGCACAGCUUGGAACAGCGGCCGGGUUCUUCUUCACGCCGCUCGUGAUCAAUAACCACGAGGACCUCGCGCAGAUUGGAGUUGAACUGAAGAUCUUUUUGAUGGCGGUAGCGGGCAUCUCGACAAUGAUCGCAUGCAUGGUGAUCGCGGUGUUCAAGUCAAACCCGCAGUUUGCCCCAAGCCACGUCCAAGCCUUGCAGCGAACGAUGAAGCCAAGUCUGAAGGACUACUGGCCUGCUGUCGGUCGGUUGCUUCAGCACGACAACUAUCUUAUACUGGUGAUCGCGUACGGUAUCAACGUCGGGAUCUUCAACGCGUUCUCCACACUGCUUAACCAGAUCGUGAUCAACUACUUCCCAACCGGGGAGAACGAUGCCGGUCGGAUCGGUUUGGCGGUGAUCAUCCUGGGUUUGUUGGGCUCCAUGGUGUUCGGAUACCUGCUGGACACGAUGCACAAGUACAAGGCGACUGCCGUUUGGGCUUGUCGCUUGUCAGCGAUAACACUGCUCAUCUUCGCGCUUGCUUUGGAAACUCGCUCUAAGAAGCUGGUCUCGAUUGCAUCGAUUUUUCUUGGCUUCUUCAUGACGGGAUUCCAACCGAUCGGGUACGAGUUCGCAGCGGAACUGACCUUCCCGGAGCCGGACGGUCCCGUUUCGGCGAUCCUGAACAUUUCAACACAGAUCUUCGGCAUCGUCGUUACGCUGCUGAUUUCCGGAAUUCAGCAGAUUUUGGGUGAUUUGAUCGGGAAUGUGGUCUUCGCGGCGUUCCUGCUGCUCGACGCGAGCAUCAUCUCGCUGAUCAAGUCCGAGCUGCGGCGGUACAACACCCACCUGGAGAUCGAGAGUGAAGCGGCCAAGGAGCUGGCCGAGGACGCGUGCUCGCACUUUGAUAGCGUCAGCUACGAGGACGCACCGCUCAAGCUAAAGAUAGACCGCGCCAGCUGACAGGCUUUGUCUGCGCUUCAUUUGUGUACAUAGAGGUCGGAUUUAAGUGGAACAAGGCGGUUCGUUAGAAUAAAGAAAUUUGUAUUUGACAGAUUGCUACCUUUAACAUCGUUUGCCUUGAAACGUGUCAAACGCAAAGGAAGUAAUUGUAAAGGUAAACUCGAUGCAUCAAUCAGGUUCGACAAGCUGUCAGUUUUGUUCAAAUAAACGAAACCAUCAGCUCUCGGUGGGCUGUCACUUGCUAA